GCCAUAGCGACGGCGGGCGACGCUCCAGACACCAAAGCCGGCAAAGGCGGGACUCCGGCGGCGGGCUGCUUUCUCCCCGGCCCGGGCGAGGCCUGGCCCUUUCCCGGCUGGGGAGGGAGGGAGGGGAGCCAUGCCGAAGAACGCGCUGGUGACGCUGCGCUACGGGCCCUACAGGAGCUGCGGGGUGGUGGAGCACCGGACCUUCCGCCUGCAGGGCUUGCAAGCUGUGUUGGAAGAAGAUGGGCACCAGGUCAUUCUUGAAGAAAUACCAGAUUGGAAUGAUGUACAGCUCAUCGUGAACGGAGAGACCGUCUUUCAGUGUAACAUCAAUGACCUGGAUUUUGGUGGUGAUGGCAAACUGGACCCGCUUUGUGAAGAAGCUAGGAAGGCAGUGUUAAAUGCCUAUUAAGUAAGAGGCAUCUUUUUUCUUAUAUUGAUAUGCUCAACUAAUAAUGUAACUUUUUUUUUUG